AUGACCACAACGGUCAUCUGCAACGAUGGCGAAAACGAAAACAACUCUACAAACUUGAUCGUCGGAGGCUUCAAGGUGAAAAUAGAGGAAGUUCCGUACCAGGCCGCAGUGCUCAAGAAAGGCCACGCAAUCUGCGGUGGAACCAUCAUCGGCCCUCGGUGGAUCCUGACGUCGUUGCACUGCUUGGAUUAUCCAGAAAUUGCUGAAUUCAACGUUGUCGUCGGAACCGAAGAACCAGAGUCCGGUUCAAUGCUGAAAAUUGAGGAAACAGUCACAAUGCCCUAUAGCAUGGAGAUGAACUACGACUUGGCACUGUUGAAGCUCACUGAGCCGGUGCAAUACAGCGCGAAGGUGCAAUGCCUUCCGUUGUUGGAGUCAAAGAGCUCACUCGUCCCAGGCAAACCGGCCUAUAUAUCUGGGUUUGGCGUGAAUGGCGAGCAUAGCCACGAAACGGGGUUGAAGGCGGCCACAGUGAACAUGUUGCCACCAGAAAAGUGCGCCGAUGUGUACCCUGAAGAGUACCGGAACUUCAUGAUCUGCGCUGGGUUCGAACAGGGCCAGGUGGAUUCCUGCCAGGGUGACUCGGGCGGACCGCUCGUGCUGGACGGCAAGCUGGCUGGAAUUGUAUUUUUCGGGCAUGGAUGUGCGAGACCAAACUAUCCGGGCUUAUACAUUUCUGUCCCAUCGUUCUACGACUGGAUCACGUCCGUCGUCAAGAAUAUGUCCUCACCUGGAGAGGAACCGCUCUGUUGA